GAGGCCGUCAUCUCCACCAGGUGGGAUCACUUGUGACUAAUAGACUCGCACACCGACCCUUGCAGACAGAGCCAUUGAAGCAUUUAGCUAGUGCCUCGCACUAUGGCUCUCAGUGCUCUACAGUUAUAUCAGGUCCUAUCCUUCGUCACCUUUAUCUUUGGAGUGCAAAUUUGUUUUGGAUUUACGGCAAAUCGCUUAAAACGAUCGGAGUCUGAAUGGGACGAAGGUGUCGCCUCAGUUCUCAAUGACCCCCCCUGGGAUAGCACUUUGGGUUCCUGUAAGGACAGAUGUUUUGAGCUUCAAGAAGCUGAACCCCCUUCCUGCCGCUGCGACAACCUCUGUAAGAGUUAUAACAGUUGCUGCCAGGACUUUGACCAGCUAUGCCUAAAAACAGCACGUGGUUGGAGCUGUAAAGAACGGUGUGGUGAGGUCCGAAAUGAUGACAGUGCGUGUUAUUGCUCUGAUGAUUGCCUGGCUAGAGGUGACUGCUGCACUGACUAUCAGACGACGUGUAAAGGUGGAACUCGUUGGGUGGAUGAUGAUUGUGAAGAAAUUAAGCAUCCUGAAUGUCCAGCAGGGUUUGUCCGUCCUCCUUUGAUCAUCUUCUCAGUUGAUGGAUUUCGCGCUUCAUAUAUGAAGGAAGGAAACAAAGUCUUGCCCAAUAUAUACAAGCUAAGAACAUGUGGAACACAUACUCCUUAUAUGAGACCCGUUUACCCCACAAAAACAUUUCCGAAUUUGUAUACGCUGGCAACGGGGCUGUAUCCUGAAUCUCAUGGGAUUGUUGGUAAUUCCAUGUACGAUCCAGUAUUUGAUGCCAACUUCAGCCUUCGCUCACGAGAGAAAUUCAAUCACAGAUGGUGGGGCGGGCAACCGAUUUGGAUUACGGCUGAUAAGCAAGGAGUUAAGGCAGCCACAUUCUUCUGGCCCAUAGUCAUCACUCAGCAACGUAGAGUCAUGACGGUACUACAGUGGUUGCAUUUACCUGACAGUGAAAGGCCGUAUGUGUAUGCUAUAUAUUUGGAGCAGCCUGAUCAAGCAGGGCACAGAUAUGGACCAUUUAGUAGUGAGCUAGUAAAUCAACUGAAGGACAUCGAUGGAGUAGUCGGCAUGUUAAUGGACGGCUUAAAACAAAUGAAGCUGCAUCGAUGCGUCAACAUCAUGUUUGUCGGAGAUCAUGGCAUGGAGGAAGCAAACUGUGAAAAGACAGAAUUUCUCACUUCAUAUCUCAGCAAUGUGGACGACUUUGCCUUCUUGCCCGGCUCUUUGGGCCGCAUGCGCACCAAGAGCAAUUUACCUAAACAUGAUCCAAAAACUGUUGUUGCAAAUCUAACGUGUAAGAGCAAAGAUCAGCACUUCAAGCCUUACCUGAAGCAACAUCUUCCAAAGAGGCUGCACUAUGCCAAUAACAGAAGGAUAGAGGACAUUCAUUUACUGGUGGACCGGACAUGGCAUGUUGCGAAAAAACAAGUGGAUGUGUACAAGAAGGCUGGCAAAUGCAGCUUCCAAGGAGACCAUGGCUACGACAACAAGAUAAACAGCAUGCAGACGGUUUUUGUUGGGCAUGGUCCUUCAUUUAAAUACAAGAGCAAAGUGCCUCCAUUUGAAAACAUUGAACUGUACAAUGUCAUGUGUGAUCUCUUGAGUUUGAAACCUGCCCCCAACAAUGGGACUCACGGAAGCUUAAACCAUCUCUUAAGAGCAGCAUCUCACAAGCCAGCAAUGCCAGAAGAAGCCUCCAAGCCAGUCCCAAUAGUUCUGUCUCAAUCCACUGUAAAUGAAGAGCUUGGAUGUUCUUGUGAUGAUAAGAAUAAGGCUGAGGAGUUGAAUAAACGACUAAACCUUAAAGGAACUGACGAUGUGGCAGUAGAUGAACUUAGCAAUGAGAUUAAGGAGGUACCACCAAGAAAUACAGACAAAAACCUCUUGUACGGGCGGCCAGCGGUGCUCUUUAAGACCAAGUACACUGUGCUCUACCACAGUGAUUUUGUGAGUGGCUAUAGUGAAUCGUUGCAGAUUCCGCUCUGGACGUCGUAUACAGUGUCAAAGCAGGCUGAAGUAUCUGGCAUCCCGGAUUAUUUAGCCAACUGUGUACGGCUCGACCCACGCAUUUCUCCAAGCAACAGUCAAAGCUGCUCCGCUUACAAGUCAGAUAAACAGAUGUCUUAUGGAUUCCUCUUCCCACCUCAAUUAAGUUCUUCUGCCGAUGCAAAAUACGACGCUUUUCUUAUUACAAAUGUCAUUCCCAUUUACCCUGCAUUCAAAAAAAUCUGGAACUAUUUUCAGAGAGUCUUGAUAAAACGAUACGCAUCAGAAAGGAACGGAGUCAAUGUCCUUGCUGGACCCAUCUUUGACUAUGACUACGACGGCUUAUACGACACUCCUGACAAAAUUAAAACGUUUGUUGAUGGAACGAUACCAGUCCCCACACACUACUUCUGUAUUCUAUCUAGCUGUUUAGAUUUUAACCAGCCGGCUGACCACUGUGAUGGGAGAUUAUCCGUCACUUCUUUCAUCAUUCCACAUAGGCCAGACAAUGAUGAAAGUUGCAGCUUUGCCAGGUCCGGUCCCCAGGGCUCUUCUAAAGUCAGGUCAAAGGGGCUGAUCUCAGAGGAUGAAUCCAAGUGGGUGGAGGAGCUUCUGAAGAUGCACACGGCACGUGUCCGAGACAUCGAAAGCCUCACUGGACUGGACUUCUAUCGAAAGACCAGCCGCAGCUACACAGAGAUCCUGUCCCUGAAAACGCACAUGCAUACGUUUGAGAGCGAGAUCUAAUGCGCACAGCUCGCAGGUGUCGGCUCCUCUUUCAAGUGGUGUAUAUUUUUAUAUUGGUUUUAUUUUAUUUUAUUUUUUUUGUAUUUAUUAAUUUUUAAACCAGGACACUUAACUAUAUUGGUAUUUUAAUCUUUCGUGUCAUGCACAUGUCAUUUGUCCAGUAAUGUUGUUCUGUAGAUGUCUGUGUUAGGAGGUCUUCUUUUUACGGCUGCAGCUAGGCUCAUAGACUAAGCUUUUUAAUAGUGCUGCAGAAUUUCUUCUUGCACCGGGAAUUUUUAUUUUUCUAGUGCAGUGCUGAUAUAUUUGUAGACAUUUUAUUUUUCCUGAGUAAUGCAAAACCGAUUAUGUAAAGUGACUUAUAUUAACUGGAAAUUGUGACCAAACAUAUUUAUGUUGUAUGGAUUAAUGGAACCUCAUAUAAUAAACCACACAAAUUCAUUUUUAA